UAGUCCAUUGCCUUUUUGCCGCCGAAGGGCUCGGUCGGCUUCAGUUCCGUCGUCUUUUUCUAGGGUUCCCUCUCGAUCGGAUGAUCUCGCUCUGUGGAUUCCGCUUCCGUCCUCAUUGUUGAAUCCAAGUAGAAGGAUCUUUCUUUUUCCCUGGCUGGCCGUGUAAUUCAUUGUAUUGAUUUGGUUGACGGGAUCUGAUCUUGGAGGCGGCUCCCGGGAAUUGUUGAUGGAGAAUCGCUGGGAUUUCUUACAAUGGCUGGGACCGGAUGCGUCUACCUCCGUGUUUACGAGGUUAGAUGAACCGGCGGAUCUGGUGCGGGCUAGUGCCGUGUCGCGAUCGUGGCGUCGGUUCGUUGUAGAACAUGGUCUUAGUAGGAGUUUGUGUACAAGAAAGUUUCCUGAGGUAUUAAACUUCUCCAAUGUCAUUAACGAAAGCAAUGCGGAUGUGGAGUGUAGCAGUUCAUAUGAUUGGACAAGCCUGGAGAAAAGGCACAUAUUAUAUUCCCUUUUAUGUCAUUUAAUUUCUUCUCCUGAAGGUAAAACGGAUUGCAUUGAUCUGGGGAUAUUUGCUUCCAGCACUGAUGAUGAACCAUUUGAAAGCAUUCAGAAUACUUUGGUGGCAAAUGAGAUAGUAGGUGGCCUUCCUUCAUAUUGGUCAAGUGGUGGACAAAAUGAUACUGCAGUGCCUGAAACUCUUACCUACAGAUUGAUCUCUGACUUCUGUGUUGUGGACGAAAUAAAAAUCCAGCCAUUUAAAGCUUUCUUCCAGGAUGGCCAUCCCAUAUAUUCCUCAAAAUUUGUUCGGUUUCGUUUUGGUUCUAGAUCAAGAAAAGCUAUCAGUGCAUACACCAACAAAUCUCUACAGUUAGAUCAUAGUGAGAAGUACAACUGGACAUAUGUUUCUCCCAAAUUUGCAAUGAUACAGGAAAAUGUAUUGCAAUCUUUCAAACUUCCGCAUCCAGUCGUCUGCAUUGGUGGAAUCUUGCAGAUUGAACUGAUGGAAAGGGUCCAGAGGCAAGCAGCAGAUGGUCUGUUUUACAUAUGCGUGUGCCAUGUCGAAGCAAUUGGAAGAUCGCUUUCGCCUCCCUUCCAAGUUAUUAAUCUUCUCACUCCUGGGAGUAUGGCACUAUGGUACCUGCGGAGAAGUUGUGUAUGAUACACGACUCAAAAUUUUUGUUUGUUAUGUAUGAUCCAAUGCGAGGAUUGAUUUACCAUAUUACUUGAAAAUGGACUCUUCAAAUUUUGCAUCUUUUGAAUUACAAUUUGUUGUGCAAAAUAAUUUUGUGGACAUGGUGUUUGUGAAAGCUAUGAGAAAUAAAAAAAGAUGGCAUAUUUUUCAUGAUUAA